GGGCGGUCUCUAACAACCAUAUGAAAGGCCUUUUUCUAUUGGUCACCCUCGAUUGAAGUGACAGGUUGGCCACGCCCACUACAGUUUCCCACCGCCGCUGCUGCUGCCAUCAUCAUCGUUCGUCGCCAGUCUGUCUGAGGGAAAAGCGAGCGAUCUUCUAGAAUGGCGAGCAACAGGUCGUUUACUGGAAUUGAAAGCCAACCAGGCAGGUCACAACCGCAGUAUAACCAACGUGCUGUAACCGAAGCAGCACAACAUUUUAUGUCCUUGGUGGCCAGAGUUAUCCCUGAGGAAAAUGCAAGACAGGGUCAGACUCAGAGCCAGAUCCAGCAGUCAGUAAGACCUACUGUGGAACAUGAAAUGACUAGAUCUUUUCCUGGAUUUUUUAAAAAUGCUGGCAAAAAUAAAAGACAUCUUGCCAGAAGUCAAAGGCCAACAGUACCAGCAAAAGCGCAGAAAACGUUUGAUUGUUCUGUGUCUUUGCUGGGCUCUAAAUCUGAUACAACCCCGUCUAUAUCUGAAGAGCUGGAGCUUAUGCAAGCAGGGCUAGGAAAGAGGACCCUGUCCUUGACAUCGGAUACAACACAUGCAGAGUUAUCAAGUUUGCUGCGGGAAGCGUACUCAAAGAUGAACGAUUUGGAAGACAGAUGGCUUCUUUUCAAAGCUGCAGUUGUUGUAUUACCCUCAUAUAGGUGGGAAUGGAAGGAGAAGAAUAUCUGUAAUACCAUUGGAGGCAGAGGGGUAUACAGGAUCAGUGAUCAAAAGUGCUUCUAAUGGUGGGAAGAACUUGCUGUACGUCGUGCCGUUGCAGGAUGAGCUUGUAAUGCAUCCUUGCUGAAUAAAAGUAUUAAUUUCUUUUAAACA